UCUUGGCGCUCUCUCUAACGUCACUUUUGCCUUGCUCCGCAGCACUUGGAAAACUAGAAAUUAAGAAAAUUUAAUACUAAAAACUAAUGAAAAAAAAAAAUAGCAAGUAGCUCUCAAUUCAAACCAACAAUUUGGACUUUAGAUUAAGAGAAUCAAGAUGGAGGAUUCUGGAGCAAUUCUCUACCAAAUUUCAUGCCUCAAGGAAAUGCUUGAUCAGGUUAAUGAAGAAAUCGAAUCCAAUAUUCAAGUAACGCGGGAGAUUGAAUCAGAGAUGGUCAAGUGUACGGAGUUCGAAGCUGCUCUCACUACUAGAGAAUCCCUGCUUACCAAGUCGCUAUACAUUUCUCACUUCGAAAUCGAUGGCUUGCUCUCCUUCAUCGCCGAUUCAAGAAAUUCGCUUAAAUUUUUGGAGGAGGAGUUGAGUUGUCUAACCACGAAACGAGAUGAGAUGCUAAAGAGGAUUGAAGAUAAACGAGACGGAUUUACCAAACAGUGCUUCGAAUUUCAAAGGGAGAUUGACAAGGGGGAAAACAACGAGCUGGUGAAUUUGCUGUCAGAGAAAGAGCUUCUUGAGAAUGAAAUUCAUCUCUUGGAUAAGAAAAACAAUGCUUUGAGAAAUUCGAUGUCCGCUUUUGUGGAAGAAAUUCUUGAAGACCUUUAUACUUCAAAUGCAGUUGGAAGAACAGGCUGCUGCACUUCGAGCGUUGACGGCUACUAUCAAUGAGGUGCGGUUGAAUCAAGAGCCUCAAUAACGAGAUCCAAUUAAAGACGAUGUAGAUAACCAGCCUCCUGCUUAUAGGCGCGCUCCUCGGCAUGUCCUUAGAUUUGAUUAUGAUCUUCAUGAUCGUGGACAACCCUUUUUGGCAAAACCAAAGAGCGAGCAGCAACGAGAACAUCUCUUUCAUACUCGCUGCCAUGUACAAGGUAAGCUUUGUAGAGUUAUUAUUGAUGGUAAAAGUUGCUCGAACGUAGCCAACACGACGAUGGUAGAAAAGCUUUGCUUAACCACUACCAAGCAUCCACGACCUUAUCAACUACAAGGGCUUAGCAACGAAGGCCAAUUUAAGGUCACUCAAUAAGUGUGCAUCGCCUUUUCUAUCAGUAAGUAUCAAGACGAAGUCGUGUGCGACGUAAUACCUAUUCAAGCUUGCCAUUUGUUGCUAGGAGAACCAUGGCAACUAAAUCGAAAGGUCACUCACGGUGGUCGUACCAAUAGGUAUUCUUUCAAGCAUCAAGGAAGGAAAAUCACCUUAGUGCCGCUCACUUCGGAACAAGUCCAUGAGGGCCAAAUCAAACUGAAAAAUUCUGUUGUUAAAACAAGUGAGAAAAAAGAAAAAGAGAAUGAAAAAGAGCAAAAAAAGAUUAAGAGUGAAAAGGAAUGUGAAGCAAAAAAGAAAAGUGAAAAAGAAAUUGAAGAAAGAAGAGAAAAUAAGUUAGAAAAAAGAAACAAAAGAAAAAGACAAGGAAAGGGUAGUGAGGAAUGUUUCCACUAACCAAGAUAUGAAUUUUUCUUGUAUUGCUACUUUUCAGGUUCCCGAAAGACCGAAAGAUAACUUUCAACUUCAAUACCUCUCAAAUGAAAGACGCUUUCAUACAAUCAACAUAGGCAAAGAUGAAAUCCAACCACAUGAGCCCGAAGGUAAGCGAGGUAAGGAAAUUUUAGCAACCAAGUCCCGUGCAGAUUUCAAAAUAAUUGAUAAAACUUUUGGUGACUUAGUUCUUAAAAGAUCCCCUCAUUUUGAUCCAAUUAAUUGUUAUUCUUUGAUUGUGGUUGAUAAAAUCAUUACGAAAGGAAGCGUGAGUUGUUAUUCUCUUAAUUUGCCUUGUGUAAAAUCCUCGAAUUUGUGUAAAUCUAUUUUGGCAAAUACUUUCUAUUAUUUUGAUACUUGGUUUUUGAAUAAGGUAACGAGCUUUGCCAAGUUUGUUUUCAAUUUAUAUUCGUGCCUUAAACAAUUUCUAUGGUUAUACAUAAAGUUUGAGUUCCAUUUGACAAAGGUUAACUCAACAACGGAGCUUCGAUUACACUAUGCCCCCGAUGAGCGAAGGUUUGUAUUAAAUGAAAAAGGUAAAAUCGACCCUUAUUCUUCUGCUUAUAAAGGUAAGAUGCUUGAAACUUUUAAAACACCUUUGUACUCCGGGGAUAGUGACAAAGAUCGUGUUGAUGAUUUAAGUUUUGUAAAAUACUUAGAUCAAAACGUGCUUGACUAUCCUAUUUUAUUUAUUGAUGAUCUAUCUGUUUUAAUGAUUGAUAAAAAGAUUAUUGUUUUUGAUGCAUGUGUGAGUGAAUCCAUAGUUCGUCGAUUAAUGCAUGGUAUGAUUGCGCAACUCUGUGAACCGUGUGAAUCUUUUCAAAUACCUGCUUGUGACGAUUAUGUUUACCAUUUGAUUUAUUACUCGCAAUUUAUUCAUGGUUUGUGGAAACAAUUUGAGACGACUGAAUGCCUUAAAACAUGUCCAUCUUUGUUAAAAAAUAUUUGACGAGGCAUUGGCGAGUAAAUUAGCUUGUUUGCAUGGUAAUCUGAAUCUGUCAAUUCGCAUGCGUGAUACUUGUUUUGUUAUGCUUAUGAUUGGGCUACAAGUUUGUUUGCGUUGCUAUUUACUAACUCAUGGCUAUACUUUUCAGUGGAUUCAAUUGCCAUUAGUCCCAUUCGAUCGAGGAAAGUCGAGUCCAUUUGAUUUUUCAGAUUCGAGGAUGAAUCUUUUUGAGGAAGGGGGGAAUGAUACGAGUCUCAAAGGCCCAACCCAAGCCCAAACAAGAAGACAAACCAUGCUUACUUGAAAUCAGACCAAAUUGUCAAAGUGACCCAAUUUGUAAAGUUUUAUUUUUUUUAAAUACUUAGUUUAAAUUUUUAUGUAAAUAUUCAGUCCAAGAGGCCCAAUUAAAAACCCUUGGCCGAAUUUCCAUUUAAAAUUAAAAUAAUUAGGAGUUUGUUUA